GUCAGUUAGUGGGCUCGUAUUUUGUUUUGCUUUUACUGAUCAGCCGCGAUGGCUUUUGCACCGGCGCCUGCGGUUUGGUUUGUAGUUCAAGACGAGCUGAUCCGGAACGGAGCCGCGGACGAGUACCCGCCCAAAAACGUUUUCGAUCAUUUCGACGACGAGACUUUAUUCGAGACUUUUCACCUCACGAGGCCCUGCAUCGAUUUCAUCACGGACAUCAUCAGCCUGAGCUUGAAGGGGCCAAAACCGAAAAGCCACCCGGCGUUCUCCGUGGAGGGCAUGGUCAUGACCGCCCUCAACUAUUACGCGCACGGCGUGUGCUCGGUCUCCAUCCAGAAACUCGGCAUCUCCCUGUCGGACUCCCCCGGAGUCAUCCGCGUCGUCUCCAAAGUGCUAGCGGGCAUGGCCGACCAGUUCAUCACGUUCCCCCGCGCCGCCGGGGACAAAGCCAACAUGGGCACGAUGAUGGAGAGGUUCUGCGGGAUGCCCAAGGUGCUGGGGGUCCUCGCCGGCGCGCACUUCAAAAUCAGAGCCUGCCCCUACGAGAAGGACAGCUUCCGAUCGUUCAUCAACACGUUGGGCUACACGUCGGUCACCAGUCAGAUCGUGUGCGACGCUUACGGGAACCUGCUCAGCGUCGAGAAGUGCUGCGUGGGCAGCACGCCGGAGCAGGAGAUGUGGGAGUCUUCCUCCAUGAAACAGGAGAUGGAGGACGCGACGCACGGACAAUACUGGCUUAUCGCGGGCAGAGGGUACCACUUGAGUAAACACGUCUUGACGGCUGUCUCCCAACCCCUAAACGACAAGGACUUCUCUUUCAACGAGGCCCACAGCAAGAUCCAGGCAGUCAUGCGUAAGACUCUCUGCUCACUCAAGAGGCGCUUCAGGUGCUUGAUGCAGCUGGGAUUUGCCAAAGAAAACAGUCUGGACAGAAAGACCGACAUAAUCCAUGCCUGCUGUGUCCUAUACAACAUUGCUAAGAAGUUCUCCGUCCCCGCGCCGCCCAUGGUUGGUAAAACUGAGCCUACGCACCCUGGGAAACAGUACCAGAUGCCUGUAGUACCAAUCAGUCCAGAGGCUCUGGAGGCCAGACAGGAGCUCAUCAAUGCCAGAUUCACUGUUGUCCCCCAAAGCCAAAAAACAGUCUCUCCCAACAGCACUGCAGAGGGUUCAUGAGGAUUGU